AGGCCUUUUUCAUCAACAUCUACAACGCCAUGACCUUCCAUGGAGUGACAACCUUUGGCCGACGCUCUGGCGCGUGGUAUCUCUACUGCUUUUUCAUUACGCCAGCGGUGUCCUACCGAGUGGCGGGAACUCAGUUGAGCUUGGACGACAUCGAGCAUGGACUUCUUCGUGCCCAACCAAACUACUUCGAGGAGGAUGAUCAGGAGCUUCAACGGAAGCUGCGGCUGCCUCAAGUGGACCCUCGUAUCCACAUGGCGCUGAACUGUGGGGCUCGAAGCUGUCCUGCCAUAGGAGUCUACAGUGGGAAGGACCUGAGCCACGAGCUGGACACUGCCGUGGCUGGCUUCGUAGCAGAUGACGGCAACGUCCUCAUCACAGACGAACCGAAGCUGCAGCUUGGAGUCACUGAGCUCUUCAAAAUGUACCUGGAGGACUUCAUAGGUGACGAGAAGGACACGGGCAAAGCACUUGCGCAGUGGAUUUUGCCCUACGCCACUGGGGACAAGAAGGAGUUGUUGGAAAGAGCUACCAAGCAGCCUGUGCAGCUCAACUGGCUACCCUACGACUGGGACACCAACGGCCCCGAUGUGCCUUUGGACAGCUACGUCUAUUCAGUUUUUUGACAGCUGAAAAGCAUCAACGAGACUUCCAGUGGCGCACAUCGGUUUUCAGCGAUUCUUUGUCACAGCAUGAGAA